AUGGACUUCUCCGACGCCGAACGGCACUCUCCAGUCUAUUCCUCAAGCACGGCUCGUCCGCAUUCGAGCCCAGUGGAGCGUCUCCAAGCUUCCCAUCCCCUACUCCAAGAUCCCAUCGGCCAGGCCUGGGAUGAGAAAAUGAACGGUGUAGAGAACUAUCCCGAUGAGCCAGAAAUCCAAGAGGGAAAUGGCUACGCCAUCCAAUCCAUCCGGCCGCCGAACAAAUUAGCCGACGCUGAGAGCAUCAUCUCCUUCAGGGCCGUGUUGAUACUCGCCAGCCUGGCUUCCUUGAAGUUCCACCAGCUGUCUGUCUUUAGCACCACCGGCGGACUCAAGCCCAGGGACCGGGCUCUCUGCGUCGGGACGGCAGAUCACGGAGGCUCUUUCACAAUCGUCACCCUCACUCUUGACCAGCUGGAACUGCAACCCAUCGAAACCCUCAUCAACCUGAUCGCCUCCCAACUCCAAAAACUAGAACCAAGUACUCAGCUUCAGAACACGCCGGAAGCGGCCCUAUUGAUAGAUUUCUCUAGAUCGGAUGAUUGCCCAGGAGCCACCACCAAGUCGCGGGAUGAUGAAGAAUUGACCCGAGGAGCUCAGUUUCACUUGGUCCUCCAAGUGGUGGAUGAUAGACAUCUCAAGCUGGCGAGCCGUCGGAACCCAUCCGGAAAGAUUCAUCCAAACCUCGCCAACUGGUUCCUGCUUCAUACCGGCAAUUUCCUCGAUCAAAUAAGCAAGUUAUUAUCUACCCCAGACAAUGGUUCUCCCGCCCAGUACACCAAGGCUCACACGGCACGUCUAUGUUCCCUUCCAUUGAAGAUCUCAGAAGACGAAAGACAAAUCAUCUUGAAGCUCUCCAGGCCGGCCCUGACCGCCGCCGAAAUCAAUGCGAGCCGGCCGCCGUUCGUCCAGCACUUCCUGGGCUCGAAAUCCCUAGUUGAACUGGUGCUGAGAUCGGCGCAGAUCAAUGAGACACUGGUUGCGCUCCAUUGGUUCGAAAGAGCCAAUUCUUCUAGUCUAUCCUCCGCCGGUCCUGGCCGUGGGGAUCAAAACGAGAACUUGGAAAUCAAUCUAACUUUCAAGCAGUUUGCUCAUUAUUCGUACCUGUUAUCCGAACAUCUCCUAAAAAUUCUGCGAGAACUUCAACCAGACGAGGAGCCAGCAUCUGAGAAUCCAACAAUUUGUCUGUUGAUGAGCAAAAACCCGUGGCUGGUCUUGAUCAUGUUUGCCGUUUCAUUGACUGGUUCGGGCUAUCUGAAUCUGGAAUUAUCCACCCCAAAAAACAGGUUGAAAAAAAUCUUAGCAAACUCGAAGGUUUCUUUACUGCUGACGUUUGAGAGCUAUGAUAAUCACCAGUUCAAUCAGAAUAGAUACUCUCAGAAAGACAAGACUUUACGGGAGCAAUUGAAUUUUGAGAAUAUAUUAGACCUAUCGACUUACUGUCACGAUCUUCAAAGCCGAUUCGGAUUAUGCGGGAAACCGACAAAAGACCAGACACGCGAAUUCACAACAAAACGUCCCCUAGAAAUUUUAGAGAUGUACGAAUCAAGGAUGAGAGAGAUGGAAGAAAGAACACCAAUGGCCGGCGGUGGAAAACAGAUCGCGUAUAUCGUCUACACCUCCGGCACCACCGGCGAACCUAAACCCAUCAAGAUCUCCAACUCGAAUCUGCUCCACUUUUUGUUCAACUACGCUUUGAGGUUUCAGCGCAAAAAUGACGGCCUGACUCGCGUCUUACAAUUCGCUUCGUACGCGUUUGACGUUUCGGUUAUUUCUAUUUGGGAUACAUUGGCUCAUGGAUCAACGAUCUGUAUGACAUCAGAGGAGAAUCUGAAAACAGACCUGAUCGGCACGAUGAUUAGUUUAAGAUGUACGGCGGUAGACUUGACGCCGACGGUCCUCAACAUUUUACUCGAAGAUGAGCUCUUCAAAUCCACGGAGAAUUUAACGCGAGCAAGGGUAGCUGAGCAGUGGGCAGCGCGGGGGCUUUACUUAAACCACCUCAAUACGGGCGCCGAGCCCGUCUCAGCUGACUUACGGCGACAAUUCCUCUCCAGAGGCGUCAGUGUGUGCGUUGAUUACGGGCCGAGUGAAACGACGGUGGGCGUCAUAAGCUCAUUGACCCUUGAGUACAGUCCGGAGCUACCCCUUGACGAUAUCGGACGGCCGACUGGGCUGAAUGAGAUCUACAUCCUUGAGCCUCAUCUAGACAAAUUGGUUCCCUUGGGUGGGGUCGGUGAGAUUUGCGUGGGUGGCGGCCAGGUAGCUGGGGGGUAUGCGGACAACGGACUAACGCGUGAGAAAUUCGUCGAGGUCAAAUUAGACGGGCCCGAGCCCAUCCGAGUCUAUCGGACCGGCGAUCUCGGCAAGUUCCUGCCGAGCGGAUCCGAAGGAUACGGUAGUAUCUGCUGUCUCGGACGUAUCGAUAGCCAAGUGAAAAUCUCUGGUGUGCGGGUCGAGCUCGGAGAGGUCGAGCAACGGUUAAACCAGCUCGCAAUCCGGCUGCCCUCCUUGCAUGGUCAUCGUCUGCGGACCGUUAUUUCCAAGUGGAAUGGCGACAACACGCGCACGGCGGGGCUAGUCUGCUUCGUUGAGCUCAACCCCCAGCUCUGCAAAUCGCUCCGCCAGCAGGGGAUAUCGCUCACACCUCCCGUCGUCGGUUCAGAGGCCCAGGUGUUGAGCCUGAGUGAACACGAGGAAUGGUUCGACAGCUUGGUCCGAGACAUCAAGGGGGCUGUCCGGGACGACCUUUCGCAUUGCAUGAUCCCUCGAUACUGGCUUCCAAUCAAUCGGAUCCCUGUUAAUUAUGCCGGCAAGGUUGACCGGAGAAUCUUGACUACUUUUCUGGAGAAGCACUUCUGCAGCAAGCUCCCAGAGCUACCACCCGCAGCCGCUCAGGGAGUAGGACCGCUUGGAAGGUUCGAACAGAUCGCCUCCGAGGCUUGGAGUGUUGGAUUAGGCAACCUAGGCGCGGCCAGUCGGUUCCAAGAUACAGACAAUUUCGUCAAACUGGGGGGGGACUCAAUUGGAAUGAUGCGAGCGAUUGGAAUCGUUAGAAAGAACAAGAUCGGUGUCCAUUUUUCGACUCUAGCUCGUGCCGACAAUUUCUUGUAUUUCGUCAAGAUCCUCCAAGAACAUGAGCCAGAAUUGAGCAGUGUUGAGCCAAGGGCAAGUAGUUACGCGCCAUUUGAUCUACUGACGCGUGCAGAAAAAGAGACUGUUUUAGAUCACCUGGCCCAAGUCCAUUCAAUCACAGCGGAUGAGGUCGAGGACUGUUAUCCCACCUCGCCCACCCAAGCUGGAAUCAUCAGUGCAAGCCUGGAAGACGAGUACAAGCACGAUGAGGAGAAAGUCGGGAUCUAUUUCUCGCAAGCAGUUUAUCGCAUAAACCCAUCCUUCUCUAGCGAAUCAAUCGCUCGGAAUAUGCUCCAACUUGUCUCGAAUCAUCCUGCGCUGAGGACGAUAUUUGUUUGGCCAGAAUCGCUGGCUGAUAUCUAUCAAGUUGUGUUGGAUUAUUCCAGUGCAAGAAGUGCUAAGAAUGUCGAAAUUCUAAGAUUAGCGAAAGAAGAAGACUAUUGCUCGGAAUUGGAGACUUACUUGAAUGAAGACAGAGAUCGAAGGAAGUUUGGGUGGGGUAGGCUCAGUGUAUCGAUGAGGAUUUUUGAAUGCGAGGACAGCAAACAGAGGAGGCUGGUCUGGUCCUUGCAUCAUGCUCUCAGCGACGGGUGGACGUUAGAAAUAUUGAUGAGAGAACUGGGUGAAUUGUGUCGACGAGAAGCAUGCCAGUCGAGCUCGAUUGAUGUGUCCCCGCCGAGGACUGAAGUUAGGUAUAGUGCGUUUGUCGAGGCUUGGAAGACGCGCUCAGAGGUUCAUCAACGCGAGAUUCAUCAGUUCUGGAAAGUCUACCUGGAAGGAGUCCAAAGAAACUCCGCUGGUUCAGCUUUUACGACGACUCAGCACAAAUCUACCCGAUGGCUUGGUCGGCAGAAGCUAGAAGAGCUCAAGUUGCUCCAUGGAAUCACGCCUGCGAUAGCCAUCCGGCUGUCGAUUGCGAUUGGUUUGUUCAAUUCAGGCUUGGCUGGACCAGAUGUAGUUUUCGGGAUGGUAAGAAGUGGCAGGGAGGUUGACUUGGAUGGAGGCCGGCUGGCAGAAGACGUGGUCGGAUGUUGCGUGUCAGUCCUGCCGAUCCGAACGAGGCUAUGGGACGACCGGUUCAGGGCCAUGAGCCUGCUGGAAGCGCUGGCCCAUGAGAAGGAAGUGGAGGCGGAGAUGGGCAAGCAUCAGAUGAUAUCCAUCGGCGAGCUGGGCCGGUUGGUUGUGGGACAUGGGGAAUGGCUCGACACGUUGGUGACCAUCCAGAGUUGGGACUCGGCUGAGCACCAGAGACCGAUCAAGCAGCCGCCGGAGCUGAUCAGGAUGCCGACGAGGUUCAAGCUGAGCAUCGAGGUGAGCCUGGAGGAGGACAGGGAUGCGGUCGCCAUCGACCUCUUCUACGACAACCGAUCGUUCGGCAAGAGCUUCCCGGGCAGUGGACGGGCCGGCCACUCGGCCGACGCGCUGGCCGGGACCCUUUUGGCCGACUUGGUCGCCAGCCUCAACCUAACCCUCUCUGAUUCCUAUCAUCAUCAGCCCAUACAGUCGAUCCUCAAUCCAUCCCUGUCCACCGAACCACUGUGCUCCACUCGAGGCCAGCUGAAAGAUGAUUAUCAGAGCCUAACCAAUAGCAAAACUCUGGCCGACGAGCAACAAAUCCAGUCAGCAGAUGGCAAUCAAAUCAGUCAUGACCAAGAGACUCGCAAAGUCGCCAAGAUGAGAGAAAUUUGGAUGGAUAUCUUGGGUUUAACCACGCACAAUCCACCUGGAUUCAAUCAGUCUUUCGAGAAUCUGGGUGGCGAUUCAAUCUCGAUGAUGCGGUUGAUCAAGAGAAUCAAGGACGAGUUUUACCAGGACGCAGAUCCGGAGAGUACGAGGGCUUCUAUCGACGCUAUUACUCCUUGUUGCACCCAAGAUGGCAGCCAUCCGACGGCAACCCAAAGCAAGAUCAGAACUCUCUUUCGGGAGAUCAAGAACGGGAUCAAAUUCAUCGACCUGGUCCACUUAGUAUGA